AUGCAGUCCAAUACCACAAUUACCUCUACUAAUUUAACCAAAACUUAUGCCUCAGAACUAUUACCGCACAAUCCACGGAACUGGGAUGGCACGAAAAAAUUUCUGGAAGAAGUUGUCAAAAUUCUUCUAGAAUAUAUCAACGAAGAAAAUCGGCGUGAAAAUAAAGUGCUGGAUUUCCAUCAUCCAGCCGAAAUGCAAAACUUGAUUGACUUAAGUAUUCCGGAUAAUCCGUGUACUUUACAAGAGUUGCUUCAGGAUUGUCGAGAAGUGUUGCGUCUGGGUGUUCGAACUGGACAUCCGCGCUUCUUCAAUCAGAUAUCAUGCGGGCUUGAUCUUAUAUCUAUGGCUGGUGAAUGGCUCACUGCCACUUCUAAUACUAAUAUGUUUACCUAUGAAAUUGCACCAGUGUUUACCUUAAUGGAAAAGGAAGUGAUGAAGAAAAUGGUUGAAUUGAUCGGUUGGCAGAAGGGCGAUGCCAUUUUUGCUCCCGGUGGCGCUAUUUCAAAUCUUUAUGCUAUGAAUGCCGCACGACAUGCAUGCUUUCCGAAAUGUAAAUUACUUGGACAAAGCGAUCUACCAACUCUCUGCAUCUUCACUUCCGAGGAUAGUCAUUAUUCAAUCAAGGGGGCAGCAGCUGUAAUGGGUAUUGGUGCCGAUAACUGUUUCAGUAUUUCGACUGAUUUUUCCGGACGAAUGAUAUCUGAAGCAUUAGAACAACGCAUUAUAGAGUGUAAAAAAUGUGGCAUGAAACCAUUUUUUGUCUGCGCAACAGCUGGAACAACAGUGUAUGGUGCGUGGGAUCCGAUACCACAAAUAGCAGAUAUAUGCGAUCGUCAUGAAUUAUGGCUUCACGUCGACGCAGCUUGGGGUGGUGGCCUAUUGUUAUCACCGGAAUAUCGUUAUAAAUUGUGCGGUAUAGAAAGAGCUAAUUCGGUCACAUGGAAUCCGCAUAAAUUGAUGGGUGCAUUGUUACAAUGUAGCGCUUGUUUCAUUAAGCAAGAACUUAAAAAAUUUUGGGGUCUUUUGUUCCAAACAAACCAGAUGUCAGCCGAUUACUUAUUUCAACAAGAUAAGCCUUACGAUGUUAAUUUCGACACUGGUGAUAAAGCGAUGCAGUGCGGUCGACACAAUGAUAUCUUCAAACUUUGGUUAAUGUGGAGGUCAAAGGGUAUGACAGGAUAUCGUCGACAAAUUAAUCGACUAAUGGAUCUGGCGGCAUAUUUUACAGCUCGAAUUCGAGAAACUGAAGGUUAUGAAUUGGUUGUCGAUCCGCCGGAAUUUUUGAAUAUCUGCUUUUGGUAUAUACCACCAAGUCUUCGGAAUAUGGAAAAAGCUGAACGAAAUGCUCGACUGGAAAAAAUAGCACCAAAAAUUAAAGCAAAAAUGAUGGAACGUGGAACAACAAUGGUUGGCUAUCAACCAGAUAAGCGUAGACCAAAUUUCUUUCGAAUGAUUAUUUCAAAUCAAGCAAUCACUAAAGAAGAUCUUGAUUUUCUAAUUGAAGAGAUCAUAUCUAUUGGUAAUGAAAUUUAA